GGCCUCGACCCAUUGACACCGGAGGACUUCCAAUGGAUGCCUCUUCGCCCAUCUGGUUCCUUGUCGAAGCCGCAUUGCAAUGCCUUAAUGGCAGAACUACGCAACUACUUGCACGCUGCAGUACCAACUCCGGUGAUGGAAGACGGAGUAGCGGUUGUUGACCUUCGCGAGUACAUUGCGAAGAUUGACCGUGAGUACGCCACGCAACGGUACGACAACAUCAACGCACCGUUACUCUACGUCCGCAUUCAGAUCGGGAAGGCGACCUCCAGCGCCUUGAUCGAUUGUGGAGCUACUUGCAACUACAUCAGCCAAGACUUCAUGAUGCGCGCCAGCCUUGGGCCGCGCAGCGAGGAGGAACUCGAAGUGCUACGAGCGCAACUCGAUGACCUCAUUGACAAGGGCUGGAUUCGCCCUAGCUGCUCGCCCUACAGUGCACCCGUUCUCUUCGUCCGAAAGAAGAACAAGGAGUUGCGCUUACGCAUUGACUAUCGUAAGCUUAACGCUCAAACUAUUAAGAAGGUUGGCCCGCUCCGACGCAUCGACGAUCUUCUCGAACGUUUGGGCGGCGCCAAGUACUUCUCCAAGUUGGACCUCAAGGCCGGUUACCACCAGUUCGAGAUCCAUGCAAGAGAUCGCUACAAAACCGCGUUCAAGACACGGUACGGGCACUUCGAGUGGGUCGUAAUGCCAUUCGGCCUCAUGAAUGCCCCGGCCACCUUCCAAGCGGCAAUGACAACGGAGUUUCGCGACAUGUUGGACCGAUUCGUACUCAUCUACCUUGAUGACAUCUUGGUGUAUAGUCGAACUUUGGACGAGCACAUCAUGCAUCUACGCGCUGUUUUGGACAGGCUACGUACGGCCAAGUACAAGGUCAACCGAGCCAAGUGUGAAUUCGUGCAGCAAGAGCUCAAGUACUUGGGCCACUUUGUAACGCCGCAAGGCAUCCGUCCGCGAGCGGACAAGAUCAAGGCUAUCCAAAAUUGUUCGGUGUAGGGCCGAACCCCAGUAGACUUUCGAGCCUUGGUCGACCCCCCUGCGGGUCCCAGUUGGCUCGACCCGCCCACGCU